UGUACAACCAUAGAAAUUAACUGAUGGCCAUAGACAUUCAGAACCGACAAUGUGAGAAAAAGAAUAUUUUCACGACGGCUUUAAUUUACUUUCUCAAAACGGCCAGAUGAAGAACGUGCUGCCUACCAAAUAACUAACAGAACCCAUGUUUGCCACAAAAUGACUAAAUAAAAUCAAAACUUUCGUACAUGCCAUCUCGAACGGUGAUACUUCGUCAAUCCUUCAGAAAAACAACGUACGUACGUUACAUUCUGUAUCGUUGCAAAUGUGCGUCAAUCUUCAGCCUAUACAUGCCAGUACUCUUCUCAUAGCUAACAGUGGUCGUAUGUUGACGACAAGUUGCUUUCCCACAAAAAUUAGCGUUGCUUUCCCGCGUGACAUCUCCCAUUGUACGUGAUAAUUUGUCACUCCCUCAGAAAAAAAACAUUGUUCAUUCAUGUCCCUGGGCCACGAAUGCGCAUGUGGUUGACCAACAGUCAAUUUGGGCAAUUCGCUAACUCAAAGCGAAGCUGCUCUUCACAUCCCCCAAAUAGAAACUUCAGCCUCUAUAUAUGCCAGUACUCUUCUCAUAGCUAGGACUCCAACUCGAUCGGCAACCAAGUGCUACCCGACUCCGACAGGAUGGCUGGGGCUUGGGGUCGACUGGUUGAGUUUGGAGUAGAAGUGAGAUCGAAAGUGUUAGCGUUUGCUGAGAAAUUUUGGAGGAUGGGUGCAGAUGAUCCGAGGAAGGUCAUUCAUGGUGUUAAAGUAGGGGUUGCUCUCUCGCUCGUCUCCCUUUUUUACUAUAUUCGCCCCAUCAAUGAUAAAUUCGGCAGAAACACCAUGUGGGCGGUGAUGACCGUCGUCGUGGUCUUCGAAUACACUGUCGGUGGUUGCUUGUACAAGGUAAUCAACAGAGGAAUAGCCACGCUCAGCGGCGGCAGUCUUGCGCUGGCCGCCCACUGGAUGGCAGCCAAGUCAGGGCCAAAGGCGGAGCCAGUAAUUCUUAGUGCCUUAGUAUUCCUUUUUGCUUUAGCUGCGACUUUUUUCCGAUUCAUGCCGACUGUAAAGGCACGGUUCGAUUACGGCAUCACCAUAUUCAUCCUCACCUUUAGCUUGGUGGCCUUAUCGGGCUCUCACGUCGAUGAUCUGACGAACUUAACAGUGGAACGCAUAUCGACUGUCGGCAUUGGCAUUGCUACCACAGUCUGUGUUUGCAUUUUUGUCUGCCCUGUUUGGUCAGGCCAAGAGCUCCAUUUUCUCAUUUCUAGGAACUUGGAAAAACUUGCUGAGUCCUUAGAAGGACUAGUAGAAGAUUACUUUCCUAUAAACGGUGACAGCAUGGACAGGGCAGAAAUAGCUUCUAAGAGAUCACAUAGCUACAAGUGUGUUCUGGACUCGAAAUCAUCUGAGGAUUCAUGGGCGAGUUUGGCGAGGUGGGAACCGGCACAUGGAUGGUUUAAAUUUGGGCACCCAUGGCAGCAAUAUAGCAUGGUGGGAGUUGCCAUGAGGCAUUGUGCCUACUGUGUAGAAACGUUGCAUGGGUGCGUUAACUCAGAGACGAUUAAGAGACCGGAAUUCUGGGAGAAACAUCUGAGAGACGUUUGCAUGAAACUGAGCUCAGACUCGUCCAAGGUCUUAAAGGAACUGUCGAGUUCCGUGAAGACGAUGAAGAAGUCUCCUAGUGUCAAUUUAUUGGUCUUGGAGAUGAAAAAUUCAGUGGAAGAGCUUCGGAUUUCUUUGUCAUUAUUGACCGAGCAGUUGCCGUUUAUACAGACAAGGCCAGCAAAGUCAAGUGAAUUAGGGAACGAGAACAGCAGCUUCAUCGACGACCGUGACGUGGCUGUUGUAUUAAUGCCUCUAACGGAAGCCAUGGCACUUGUGACGAUGACAGCGUUGCUCAUCGAGAUAUCGACGAGGAUCGAAGGAGUCGUCGAGGCGGUGGCUACCGUCGCAGAGCUUGCAUGCUUUAAGCCAAUCGGAAACGACGAGUCCCGUUCAAAAGUGCAGGCGGGAGAGCAAGAGUUGAAACCCUUUCAUCAAGUCUGAUAGGUACA